AUGGCAGCAGCGAAGAACAUUAUAGAUGAAAAUCGUGCAUCAUGUGAAGUUGUCUCUGCCGAUGUUCUAGAACUCAUUCUCUUCCGACUACCCGUCAAAUCUCUCCUCCGACUAAAAUCUGUCUCCGAGUCAUGGAACCACACCAUCUCUAAUCGAGACUUCGCCAUUGCACAUCUUCGUCGAUCCAAGAAUUCAUUGUUUCCCUCUCGAAAGAAGUUUCUUUUCUGGGACUUCUCUAACCUUUUGGAGUUGAAAAACAAUGAAUUGAAGCCAUUCUGGGAUCACAAAAUAAAUGGUUACAUUGUGUGGCAAUGUUGCGACGGCCUACUACUCUUAUCUAAUUAUGAUUCCAGUGGAAACAUGUUUGUCGCCCUCUGGAAUCAAUCGGCCAAAACGUAUACAAAUUUAGGGUUUCCUUUUCCAUCUCCCGAGUAUAUAUUCACAUGCGGCAUCAAUUUCGAUUCCUUAUCGAAAGAUUAUAAAAUACUAGUCACUGAUUUGGAAACAUAUGCAGUGUUUAGCAACAAAAGCGGGCGUUGGAGUGAGUUGAAAGAAGUGAAAAUAACCAUUGGAGAGGACAUUAAAAGCUUCCCUUUGGAUGGUCAUAUCUGUUGGAUUUCUCAAGUUGAAGAAGAACAUAGUUAUACUAUUGAAAUACUUCUCUUUGACUUCAAGCACGACAAGUUCUGUAAAUUUUUUUACGAUAUAGGGCGAUUGAUAUUCGACUGUAGACUAGUUCAUUCUCCACCUGGUCAAUUUUGCAUGAUACUUGCCGAUAAUUUUGACAAGGCCCGUGUAGUGUGGAAAAAAGCCGGCGGCGAAUGGAUGGAGUUCAACGACGUGCCGGUUCCGGUGAUGGAGUGUCAUUCGGAAAUGCACUUGACUGAAGAUAAAGAGCUUAUAUUCACCUGUGAUUGUUACGGCCCCCCUUAUAUUUUCACGAUCUAUAAUUUGAUUGAAAAAGAGAGUAGAGAAAUUUCGAGGCCAGAUGGUACAUUUGGUCCAUGCCAUUUGUUCAUAUAUGUAGAUAAUCUCUUCUUUAGUGGUAGCACAAGUAUCUAA